UACCUGCAGCUCUCUGCCUGACAUCAUGCCCUUCAACUGCUCCACAAGAAAUUGCUCUUCCAGGUCAAUUGGAGGACGCUGCACUGUCCCAAUGGCCCCAGUUGCCACAGCUUCCACCGCUGAUGUCGACUGCCUGAGUGGCAUCUACUUGCCCAGUUCCUUCCAGACUGGCUCAUGGCUCCUGGACCACUGUCAGGAAACCUGCUGCGAGCCCGCUGUUUGCCAGCCAACGUGUUACCAGCGAACUUCUUGCAUCUCCAACCCUUGCCAGGUGACUUGCUCUCGACAAACUAGCUGUGUCUCCAAUCCUUGCUCAACUACCUACAGCAGGCCACUCACCUUUGUCUCCAGUGGUUGUCGACCCCUGGGAGGCAUCUCCAGUGUCUGCCAACAAGUGGGCGGCAUCUCUACUGGCUGCCAACCAGUGGGAGGAAUCUCUACUGUCUGCCAACCAGUCUGCGGGGUCUCCAGGCCAUACCCACAGUCCUGCUUGUCCAGCUGCAGAAGAACCUGCUAAGCGUGUAGAAGCCAGUGAGCGAAUCAAGACUCCAUGACCUGCCAGCUGUGUUUCCAGGAUCUUCCAGCAUGCUGCCUGUCCCUGAAUAACUCUUCAUCACUGACCCCUAUUCGGACUGCCUGAUAGCUGGCUGCUAGCCAUAUACACGCUGCCUUGGGAACUCUAAAAUUUUUCUGGCCAGCACCAAGCUUAUUUUAAGGGUUGACACUGGUGCUGUGAAUGCCUCUGGCUGUUUCUAGAAGCUUUACUACCCACGCCCCAGUCUCUGAUGCUUUGAUGUUUUGACCUUGCUGCUGUAUCUCCUGGCUUCUGCUUUUGUGUCUCUGAAAUGGGGAGCUUGUCUCGCUAUGUAUUUCUGAAUAAAUCUGCGUUUGUUGGCAUUGCAAA